AUGGGCGAUUCCGCACCUCCUCCCCGGAAUGAGAAGCCUUUUUGCAUCCUCAGGGAGACAAACCCCCAAGAGUCGCGCGUGAACCCCCUCGGUCAGUACCCGCCAAGCCAAUUCUCAUCUGGCCCGGCCCAACAGAGCCCCCCUCGAGGAUACCACUUUGUCGACGCCCCUCAAGAAGAACUUCGACCCCAUGAUCUACUUCAAUCAGCAAUCAACAACCAUGUCAACCCAGCUUCCGAACUGCAGAGCCACCUGCACCUCCGCGACGACGAUCAAGACAGCGUUGGCCGUGGCCGCGGCCGUAGCCGUACCCGUGGGCCUGGGUUUCGGCAGUACAUCAGACAAUCAUACGGAGUCCGGAGUGCAGUCGACGAUGAGGCAGUCAGUGCACGCGUGACAGAGUACUUGGCCGGCCUUCAGAGAACACAAGUUCCAAGUGAGGACCUGAUCUCUCGCCACGAGACCCCGGAGCAAGCCCGGGAGGAAUCACAGCAGCAAGAAUCAUCAUCGCUACCCGUCUUCGGACCAUUGACUCUAUGGCAGACGAUUGAAGAUCAUGCGGGACAAAUACAAUCCCGGACCGAGGAACUCCGGAGGCGGCGCUACGACGCAGAGCGUGAGCGAAUCGACCAACGAGGAGACCUGUCCGCGCGCUACAGGCCGAUCUGGGAGGCGCUGAGAGGCGAUCCGAGGCGAGUCCGUGGACAUGCUUGGACGUGGGAGCAGAGUCCGUCUCGGCUGCCACCGUACACCGACCACACUGCUGGUGAGCACGAUGUUACCCGGCUUCUUCAUGAAGUCGAUGUCAAACAGGGUGACGACGAGGAAGACGACAUUGCCAAGCGGGGUGGCGAGGGAGACAGUGAUGAGGAUGAAAACGAUGACAAUUCCAUGCGAAAUACUACACAUGGUGGCGAGGACAGCGACGACAAAGAUGAUGGCGACAACAACGACGACGCCGACGAUGAUGAUGAUCAUCAUCAUCAUCCUAUGGGCCCCGCCGCCGACAAUGGUCAUGGUUCAGGCCAUGAUCAACAGCACGACGAUGACAGUCACGAUCAUGCUUCAGAGGAUGAUCACCAAGACGACCAAGACGACCACGGUAUGGGACCUGUCAAUCAUGACCACCGUGAACUCAACCAUGAUCAUCAUCACAACCAUGACAGAUCUGAUAGCGACGACAGGGCUGUGACGGACCAUGACUUUCUACGUCAUGAGAGCGUGGGAUGGUCCCAAUUUCCCGGGCCCAAUGCUCCGGACGGAUCCAGGAUGACCACAUCUCAAUACUUCUUGCACCUCUACGACGCCCUGACGAGUGUCGAAGUACGACAGACGGACCUCUCGGCGGCAGAAGACAAGGAAAGAUUCGAUAUGGUCCUCGUCGAGUACCGGGCGAUGCUCCGUAUGUUCCUCCGGGAGUUCGACAGGCCAGAAUGGUCAGCCAUCGAGCACCGUAGGCGCCACGGGCCGUGGGACCUCGAGUACUGCGUCAUGGUCAUGGGCAUGCAAGACAAAAUCAAGGCCAUUCAGGAUGACUACCUGGGCCGCGUCGACUCCAUCAACCGGUACUGGGUGCAGUUGGACAAUGACGAAGACGACGACGAGCUGGAUCGAGAGGGCUCUAUGGACAUCAACAGCGUCUUCUUCGAUGAGUAUGGGCAUAUUGUGAUUUGCCAUGAAGGCCCCAGCGGCACGAUGCAACAUGUGAGAGCCUGUUCAAUUCUUCCAUCUCCUGAGCCCGAGCCUUAUCAUCCUCACCGUCACCACAAUCACCAUCACCCACCCCCACCACUACCACUACCACCACCAUCACCACCGAUAGCACCUCUGUUUCCUCUCCCAGGUUACAGUGAUGGAUCUGAAAUGCCCUUGCCAACUCCUUUACCAGAACCAGAGACAUCUCGAGGGUCAGCAACACCCGAGCGGCAGUACACCUUCUACAACGACUACGACGAUGCCAGCAAUGAUGGGGACGCAUACACCGACACGGACGCGCACCCCGACACCACCAACACCGACACGCAUACUGUCGAGCACGUCACAAGACAGCAUCCUCUACGACGACUACUUGAACCCGUGCCGUCACCCUACAGCGCCGACAACUACGGCAAUGACUGA